AUGAAUCGGUUAAAGGCAAUUGGUGCUAACCUCAGAUUUCUCGACUCGCCACUCGCCAUCAGAGUCAUUGCAACUCGGUCGCUGGAACUCACUCGGAAUCAGGUGACUCAUUUCUCUCUCUAUACUCCAUCUCCCAUUGUGGAUCGCUUUCCCAACAAUUAUCAGAAGCUUUAUUUUUCUUCGAAACCGAACUCCAUUGCAGAGCUUGUUUUGAUCAGAGAUUGGUCUGACAGGAUAGUGCGUGAGUUAGGAAAACGUUGCCAAUCUCUGACCCAUGAAUCUGUUAUCUACGUUUUGUGGCGAUUGGAUGAAAACCCAGAAAAAGCUUCGUUUUUUUUCAAUUGGGUCAGUGAGAAAGAAUGGUUUAGAGCAAGUUCGUCAGUGUAUAGCUUAAUUCUUAGAGUCUUAGCGAAUAAGGAGACGGUGAGACAAUUUUGGAUUACUCUAUGGAUGAUGAAGGAUAAAGGGUUUUAUCUUGAUAGAGAGACUUAUUUGGCAAUUUUAGCUGGUUUUAGAAGGGAGAAAAUGAAAAAGGAUUAUGUGGCUCUGACCCACUCCUAUAAUCGGAUGAUUCAGGAAAAUGCAAUGGAAAGUGUUGUCACCAAGGUGGUUGGUAUUAUUUCAGGGUCUGAAUGGGGUAAUGAGGUUACCAAUGAACUAGCAAAGCUUAAAAUUCAACUGUCGGAUAACUUUGUAAUAAGAGUUUUGAAAGAGCUUAGAAAUUGUCCUUUAAAGGCUUACAAGUUCUUUCAUUGGGUUGGGGAGCAAUCUGGUUAUGAGCAUAAUACAGUGACUUACAAUGCUAUUACAAGAGUUCUUGCCAGGACUGACUCAAUUGAAGAGUUUUGGCGUAUUAUCGAGGAGAUGAAGUGUGUGGAUCAUGAAUUGGACAUUGAUACUUACAUAAAAAUAUCAAGGAAGCUUCAGAGGGAUAAGAUGAUGGAGGAUGCUGUCAAGCUUUAUGAGCUUAUGAUGGAUGGUUCGUACCAGCCGUCAGUUCAGGAUUGCAGUGACCUUUUACAGAGCAUCUCUGCGAAUGAUAUGUCAAAUUUGGAUUUAGUUUUCAGGGUAGCCAAGAAAUAUGAGUCCAUAGAGCAUACUCUCCCCAAGGCAAUCUACGAUGGAAUCCAUAGGGCUUUGACAGGUGCUGGGAAAUUUGAUGAAGCUGAAAAUAUUGUUAAGACUAUGAGAAAUGCUGGCUAUGUGCCUGAUAACAUCACCUACAGUCAAGUGGUUUUUGGACUUUGUAAGAUGAGGAGGCUUGAAGAAGCAUGUAAGGUGCUGGAGGGAAUGGAAUCUUGUGGAUGCAUCCCUGAUAUCAAGACUUGGACCAUCUUGAUCCAAGGGCACUGUGCUGCCAAUGAAAUAGAUAAGGCAUUACUUUGUUUUGGUAAGAUGAUUGAAAAGGGCUAUAGUGCAGAUGCUGCUGUGUUUGGCGCUCUGGUUGACGGUUUUCUUAAUCAAAAGAGAAUAGAUGAUGCAUACAAGUUGCUUGUAGAGAUUGUUACCAUGCGCAGUACAUCUCCGUGGCAUGGUACGUAUAAGAAACUGAUUGAAAACCUAUUAGGAAUCGGGAAAUUUGAGGAGGCACUUAACCUUCUUUGUUUGAUGAGGAAACACAAGUAUCCUCCAUUCACCGAACCCGUUGUGCAGUAUAUUUCAAAGUAUGGGACCGUAGAGGAUGCAGUAAAAUUCCUGAAGGCAUGGAGUAAGGGAAGUCCCCGGUCCCAUUCAGCCUACCUUCAUGUUUUUGAAUCAUUCUUCCGAGAAGGUAGACUCUCUGAAGCCAAAGAUCUAUGGUGCAAGUGUCGCCGCCAUAUAAGUAAACGUAAACAAAUCCGUGAACUUUUUGGUUCAGUAGAGAAUCGUAUGACUGCUACUUGAUACUGAGAAUUUUACCCCGCUGAUAUGCAUCUCAUCUUUCUUCAAAUAACUACAAUUAUGCAAGUGAAGAUUGGUUCCACUGGUAGGAUUGAACUAGUAAAAGUCAAAGGUCUUGGAUUCUGUUAGAAAGUAUGUAAAUAUUGUAAAAGAGCUAGUAAUUACAAGAAUAUCAAAUAUCCUAAUUAACGUAAUUGCAGGAUAUUAUCA